GGAGCGACUGGGACUCUGAGGAAAGAAAGGAAGAAAGAAAGAAAGAAAGAAAGAAAGAAAGAAAAAGUCAGAGCUAGAUUUAAUUUUUAGGAUCUUAACAAAAACCAGACGCACCAGAAAGGCGCGGCAAAUUACGCACGGUUUCCAGUUUGGAUGCCUCUGCUUCAGCGCGGACUUUUAUUGCCUCUUUGGAAAUGUAGUUGCAUUCUUGAGAAAAUUUCAAGAAGGCAUUUGUUUCCUACUAGUUGAUGAGAGAAGUGAGAGCUGUUGAGGCUCCGUUUCCUGUGUUUGCCAGCGCGCUGCAGCUGGGCUGAAGAAGCCCCGCUGGGCUGUCUCAACAUCGGUCCUUCUUCCCCGCUUCAAACCACAUCCAGUCCGCUGUUAAAGGGUCGGUUGGAAAAAAUGUGCGACCUGAUGCCAGCCUCCCAGCCCGCGGAGAAAAUCGGGAAAAUGAAAAAGUUGAGGAGAACUUUGUCCGAGAGUUUCAGGAGUAUUGCUUUCAAGAAAGAGGACAGUGGCUUUGAUGAGAUAUGUGUCACAAAGAUGUCCACACGCAGCUGCCAGGGAACAGACUCGAUCAUCAAGCCCCUGGACACCAUCCCUGAGGACAAGAAGGUGAGAGUUCAGCGCACGCAGAGCGGCUUCGACCCGUUCGAGAAGCCCGCCAGUCAGGUGAAGAGGGUCCACUCUGAGAACAAUGCCUGCAUCAACGCCAAGAGUUCGUCUGCCGGCAAGGAGUCGCCCAAACUGCGCCGGCAUUCCAGCCCUAGUUCUCCCACAAGCCCCAAGUUUGGAAAGGCAGAUUCCUACGAAAAACUGGAGAAACUGGGAGAGGGCUCAUAUGCUACAGUUUACAAAGGAAAGAGCAAGGUGAAUGGGAAACUGGUGGCUCUGAAGGUGAUUCGUCUACAAGAGGAGGAAGGAACACCCUUCACAGCCAUUAGAGAAGCAUCUCUUCUGAAAGGCCUGAAGCAUGCCAACAUCGUGCUCCUCCAUGACAUCAUCCACACCAAGGAAACCUUGACUCUGGUCUUUGAAUAUGUGCACACAGACCUGUGUCAGUACAUGGACAAACACCCUGGAGGUCUCCAUCCAGACAAUGUGAAGCUGUUCCUGUUCCAGUUACUCAGAGGAUUGUCCUACAUCCACCAGAGGUACAUCCUUCACCGCGACCUGAAACCACAAAACCUGCUCAUCAGCGACACCGGAGAGCUCAAACUCGCGGACUUUGGCCUGGCAAGGGCCAAGUCAGUCCCCAGCCAUACCUACUCCAAUGAGGUGGUGACCCUGUGGUACCGGCCUCCAGAUGUCCUGCUGGGGUCCACAGACUACUCCACCUGCCUGGACAUGUGGGGAGUGGGGUGCAUUUUCAUUGAGAUGAUCCAAGGAGUGGCUGCCUUUCCGGGGAUGAAGGACAUCCAGGACCAGCUGGAAAGGAUAUUCCUGGUCCUGGGCACCCCAUCUGAAGAUACCUGGCCUGGUGUUAACUCCCUGCCUCACUUCAAACCAGACCGCUUUACAGUGUACAGCGCUAAGAAGCUCAGACAAGCAUGGAAUAAGUUGGGCUACGUGGACCAUGCUGAGGAGUUGGCCUCCAGGUUCCUCCAGUGCUUCCCAAAGAACCGGCUGUCAGCCCAGGCAGCGCUGAACCACGAAUACUUCAGCAACCUUCCUCCACGGCUCUGGGAGCUGCAAGACAUGUCUUCUAUCUUCACCGUACCAAAUGUCAAGCUGCAGACAGAGAGCGGGGACAGCAUACAGGUGUGUGCACGAAGGAACAGUCACGGAAAGGCAUCCUCUGGCAGCAAACACUGACCUGAGGCAGCAUCCUGCACAUGACUGCCUGACAAGUGGCUGUUGUAAAAAAAGAUGAAGACAAAGAUGCUGAGAUUGAGGAUGCAGACGAAUGAAAGAGCCCCAGUUCUCUUUAUUUAUUACCUUCACAAUAUGUGUGAGCAUGUGUGUGUGUGUGUGUGUGUGUGUGUGUGUGUGUGUGUGUGUGUGUGUGUGUGUGUGUGUGUGUGUGUGUGUGUGUGUGUGUGUGUGCGGUGUGUGCAUGAGAAAGAAAGUGAACAUUGAGUAGAUAUGAAUGCAUGUGUGCAUUAUGAACGGAACAUAAGAUGUCAGUCUAUCAUUUGCAAAUUUUGUUUACUUUUUAUAAGGUUCCAAUAACUCAUAUAUCAUUGUCACAGUAUAAACAAAAGGACUUUACUAUUGGUACAUAUUGUGUUUUGUGUUUGUAACUAGCCUCCUAUUUAAGAAUGUAUAUUUGUAUGUAUGAUAUACUCAUCUAGAAACUAUAUAAUGGACAGUUUUAAUAUUGCUUCAUCUUCUCUUCAUCCACUACACUGCUCUGCCAGGACACAACUCAACAACACAUAUCGGACACAUGCAUAUGAGCAAAAAUACAUUUAUAAAACAAAAACAAUGCAGUCAGUUUCAAAGAAAAGUGAAUCCUAGAGGAGUUAGUUUUCCAUUUCUUUCUAAUCAGGUUAAACUGUAAUUUGUGGAACUGCAAACAACAGUAACAAUAAUAACUGAGGGCUCUCAGCUGGUGGAACACAGCCUCUGGAAGCCAUAUUGGAGGUCCUUGGUUCUGCGGUACCUGAAAACAGCUGAUGUUGCUGUAAAUGUACAACUCUGCUGACCCAGCAGUUGAGACAUGGUUGAUUUGCAUCUGCUUGAAAGGUUUAACUGUAUGUUUUAAUGACGGGCACAUGUGGCUGCUUUUUUAUUAACAUAAUGUUAGCAUUUCAGCUAGCUAACUAUGGUAUUUGUCAGUUAACUGUCACUAUUUUGGUAUGAAUCGGAUGUAAACACUAAAGUGCACAUCUAGUAGCUAGUAGUAAAUAAUAAAAUGAUUAGUAGUUCUAUAUGAACAUAUUAAUCUUUGUCAGCUAUUUCUCUGUCCUUAUUUGCCAGCCUGGGUGAGAUAAGGUUGCAUAUUUGAGCAUUUUUAAAGGAAAAGUAUUUUUUACAGCCUUAUUUUCGUAGUUUUAACCAUCAUUCUCAUCUGUUCUCAAAAUAUUUCACUCACAAAUAACAUUGCUGUGAUUUAGGGACUAAACAGUUGAAUUGGGGGCUGUGUAGACAGGUGAAAUUAGAAUGUGGAAGCAGCUUACAAUGGACAGUUUGAUCAAUAUGUCCAGGCAAUUAGUCCAGGCUGAAAUGUGCUUCUCUGAGCUGUAUGUAGGGGAACGUGCACAGAGGUCCUCCAGAGAUUUUUGAGUUGCUGUUUCUUUCAUGCUUGUAGCUACAACUUGUUUAAUGUUUACGUUAUUCUCCUCUCCAUUUUUGGAUCAACCAAUCAGCUUGCUUUACCUACAGAUCCAUGCAAUUUGGGACCUGAGCACAUCUGGCUUCUGCAACAUGCAGUUAACUGUAACGCCCUUCUUUGCAUAAGUUCACAGAGAUGUUUACAUGUAUCUUUGCAGAAAUGUAAUUCCAGCUUUAGCCUUGCUGACAUUUUCCUCCAAUGGCUAUCGUAGCAGCUGUGACAAAACCUAUAUUGUGGUCCAAAAGGCAUUUUCCCAGUUGAACACUUUAUUAUAAAAGAGACAUCUGUAAAAAUGUUGAAAGGAGACCUUGAAUUUUGACCAAUGUCAAUAAGUAUUCUUUGUAUAAUGAGUUUUUAAACAACCAAACCAUGAGUAGGUUAUUUUUGUCAGACUUUCCCAGGAGCUAGAAAAGCUUUUUUUCAUGCAAGUGACAUCAUCUUAAUGCAAAAGUCGAAAAACUGAAACUGGCCAUUGGACUCAAGCACAGAGUCAUGUGCAGUGGGCCACGCAACACCUAAAAAACUAAGGGAGAUUUUGAUCAUUUUGGCAAAUGUGCUGGAUGAGCAACCUUCACUGAAAUAAACGUGCCAUAUUAUAGAUAAUUAUAGUGGACAUUUCAAUAUUUACACUGCAAAAUAAACGUUUGUUACUAAAAUGCUAUCUUAAUCCAUUAGAAUGAUGGCCAAAACUGCAAAAGUAAGACCCUGGUUGUAGAAAAAUAUUAGUAAUAAGGAUUCUCCUUUAAAUGUUUCAAAGGACCUCCAUGAUGGAACCAGAUCUGUCUGAUAUGAGUUUUGUGUUGCAACUGGAAAGCCACUCUGACAUAAAUGAUCUCUGCUGGAGAUGUUGACGGUUCAUACAUAACAUGACAGGGACUGCACCAACCAGUGUGCAUAACAAUAUAGACGCAAUACCGUAAUGGACAACAGCUGUAAGUGUGUGUGUCUGAUAGACAUGUGAGUGUGUGUGUGUGUGUGUGUGUGUGUGUGUGUGUGCUACUGAGUGUAUUAAACAUGGGCAAUAGCUAAGCAUUGGUGCUUCCAUCCAUGUAAAUGAGCUAAUGUACAAAAGGCAAAACACCAAGGCAAUAGGCUGUGUGGCCUAUUGUUUGAUUUGGCCCACGACAAUCCUCACUUCAAAAGAUCUGCAAUAUUCUAUCAGAAACAGAUGAUCUAUGUCAAUAACUGCAACUUUUUGUUCAGUUCAUGAGUCUAAUGUUGUAUUGAUCUGGAGCUUUCUUAUCUGUUAAAUUAGGCAAAUGUAGGGAUGAGUGCUUUGCAGUGUGUGGUACUGUGUGUGUCCAGUAUGUGUACUUUAGGUGUUGAAUAACUUUGAUCAAUCCCACCAACAUGUGCUCUCAUCCAGAGAUUUCCCCCAUGUGUGUGCCCCUCAACAUCCUACAUGUUCUAAGUGUUUUGGAACAUUUUAUGACACCAUGACGAAGGUUGGCUGUAUAAUGUAAUAUCAUCUACAAAGAUGUUUAUACUGUUUUUUGGUCUUUCUUUUGAUGUUUUGUGUGAAUAUAUCUGAAUAUUACAGCUCACACAUAUGGUAAUAAUUGUGAAGUACUAUCAAUACAAUGGCUUCCUCUUUAUGAGUCAGUUUGAUAUCAGCUGAAACAAUAAUAUUGGCCUACACUGUUGAUUAGCCGAAGAGAUGAGGCUGCAAAUGUGAAGCCAUGGAGAAUUGGAAACUGUGGCUACUUAUCAUGUCGCUCCACGGCCUCUUAAACACACGUGUGCACACAAACACACACACACUCACUUAUAAUAUAGAUAUCUUGCCUGCUAGGAUAAACUACCUGCACUUAUCAGCUACAGUACAGUAUAGCCCCUCUAUGCCCCUCUCCAGCUGGUGUUAGCUUUGCAGUUUGUCACAUUCACGGAUAGGUUCGGAUUUUUACACGCCCGUCUUAAUAAAACACUCACAUAAUGUAAUCAUCCCUCUUCUCCAUACCAACCAUGAGGUGAUACUUUCAUAGAGCAACUAAACAGUAAGAAAUUGUUAAGAAAAUCUACUGUCCUAGUUCUGUGCCAAAAUACAUUUCAAAGUUCUGCUUUAGAUAAUUUGAAGCUUCUGCAUUCUGGGUUAGCCAAAUCAAAUUGUUAUCUUAACAUGCGUUUAAGUUUAUUGCCAGAUAUUUUUCUUUGGUGGACCAAGCCAGAGUGAAAAUGACAAGCUAUAUUGGAUUGGUCAGGUGGCUGGGAUGGAGUGCCCAUGUUGCUCUGCUGCAGGAGAUGGAAACAGACAGUUGUUUACUGACAUGUUAGCCAUAAAAAACGUGAUAAAUUGAUCAAAGCUCUUUGCUGAGUUGUUCUUUGUGUCUUAUCUGCCCUGUAGUGGUCAGAAAACACUUAAUUGGAUUUUAAAUACACAUAUUACUGAUUGGUUAUUUGGGAACAUCUGGGAAGGACACAGUAAAGGGAGGCUGAAUAAGCCAAUUGCAACAUGCAACCAGUAAGAAGUAUCCCUCCACCCCAACCCAGAAAACCUAACUGUCUGGGCAGACACAGAGUGGGAAUUUCUUACUAAAAGACUGUAAUGUCCCAAAAUUCCCGGAUGAUUAACAAACUCAAAGUGCGUUUCCAUCCAUCUGUUUUUAUUUACUUUUUAAAUUUGCAUAUAAAAGUAGUGGAAAUGUCAGAAAUUUGCACAAAAAAAAGAAAAAGUCCAACUGUCAUUACGUAGAAAAGUCGAUGUAUCAACAAAAACAAAAAGCCACAAAGUGCCAUCGAAACAGACUCUGUGAAUCAAUUACGACGUAAAUGAAGCAUGAGACAUCCACUGAAGAGACAAAAAAUGGUGGCAGAUGAAAACAUUACAUCUGUAUGGAGCGAUGAGGAGACUGUAACCUUCCUCAAAUUAAUACUGUGCAGGAAACAAACAUAAAUGUCAUAUUUCCAUCAUGUUUUCCACAUGCCUUAGCAAAGUUUGGGUUUGCCAUUAGUGACUGGGGAAUUUGUGCCACAAACUUUUCUCAAUCUCAAUGCACCCAAAUCCCAAUAUUUGCAUAACAGUAGUGAAUUGUGCCGAUUUCCAGGAAAUUCGAUGAAAACAUUUAGAUGGAAACUUUUAAUGAACCUUUGAAUGCAUUUUUUCCACAGAACAAGGACUGUGGAUUUUGUCCCCUGUCUUUUACAGUGUAGUCACUUGAUUAGGGAAUUACUUUAUGAUUACAUUUACCUCUAAUUCUUUCAACAUAGAUAUGGCCUUGUAUCUGAACCUAUCUUUUGAAGGAGGAAAAGGAAAGAGAAGGAACUGGAGUCUUAAAGCACAUUUUAUCAUGUGUGCCAGCUUUUUUGAACAUAGAGUGUUGUGGCUAUGGGGCAAAAAUAAAUAAUUAUGACCUAAACUCUCCCCAAUAGUGUUUUGAAGAUGCACUUUAUCGAAAAAAUCAGUUUGGCAUUAAAUUCCAGCCUGUAUGGUCACUUUUAUGCACUUGCUUUGCCUUUAAUGAUAAAAUUAUACACAAACACACACACAC